AUGUCAUCUUCAAGACAGCCGCCGGCAAGAGCAGCUGGCAAAGGUGGUACGCCGAGCGGGACUCGUCCUGUGGCUCCUUCUCCUAGAAGAGUCAGUAUCACCUCGUCGGAAGACUUGUCGUAUUCCACAAGUGAAGAGCUCGAUGAGUCAGAUGAUUAUUUUUCUUAUCAGAAAGGAAAAAGUAUAGCAAGUGGAGGAGCAGGUGCUGCUGGGGGAAGUGCUGGUAGUGGUAUCAGUAGUAGAGCUAGUACUGCUAGUUACUCAGGAGUCAACCCUAGUGGAAGAAGCCCGUAUCAGUUUCCUCCUCCUUCGAAACAGCUUUUACGACAGAAUCAUAGACCGAAUUACGGAUCCAAUUACGGGUCGGGUUAUGGAUCCGGGUACGGAUAUUCAUACCAUAAUGACAGAGAAGGUGAGGGUGAUGGUGAGAACGAGGAUUAUGAUGAUGGCGAUGUCGAAGAGUAUGAUGAUGAAGAUGACAGAGCUGGUCAUGGAACUAUUAAAGCCAAUAUGUUACCAUCUCACAGUAUAGGUGCCGACACGUCCAGCAGUAGUGAUAAUAAUUCGUCAAGUGCCAGGUUCAAGGGCAAGAUCAAACACAGUUCAUCUAACUCAUCGUCAACUAUCAAACGAGAUAAAAGUAGCAAUACCCUGAAAUCAGGUAGUUCGUCACAGUCUUCUCCAUCUAAACGGUAUAGUAGAUCGUCAAGACAUAAGAAACAGCUGUCAAAUGGUACGAUUCGCGCCAGUGAUAGUGGGACUCAACAGGACGCGAAGAAUGACGACAACGACACAACUGCUGAUGACAAUGAUGGUGAUACGACUAUAAGUAAUUUACGAAUCAGUAAAGACAAACAGAAAAAUGUCGACGACAAAGACGGCGAGACAACAGUGCAUGAUAAGAAUACUACUGGUACAGCAGCUUCUUCUGGUACUGGUGCUAGUGGUAAGACGAAAGGUGGUUCGGCGAACCCUUCGGUAAAUACUAGUUCUUUAACCAGUGGGACGACGAAUACGGCAUCAGCUGCUAGUACUGCUCCCAGUACUGCCAGCACAGCGACUACAACUACCACCACCGAUUCCAGUAUACUGGCAAGUAGCGGUGAUUUGCCGAGUUCUAAAAGUGGCAAAGAACAAACUGGCAGUGCAUCCACAGAAAAUAAUAGUGCUGUGGCUUCUCGAACAGGAGAUAAUAAAAUUGGGUCGGGUCCUGCUACUGCAACAAUCUUACCCAGUAGUACGUCGGCUCCUAAUAUUCCAGUAGCUAUGGCCAUGAGCGGAGCUUCUGUGACUGCUCCUCCUACUAGCACUAUUACAGGAGCUGGAAGUGGCCUGGGUAUCAACAGUGGAAUCACCCCGAGCUCAGUCAACCUGCCAGCCAAAGCGUCUGGAUCAGCUGCUUCUAUCAAGAAACCAAAUACCAUGACGGUUGAAGCAGAAACUGUGGAAGCAGUACCUACUAUUGCCGUAGCACCUACUAUAGCAGGCAGUGGCAGUCUCAAAGUCAAAAAAUCUACUGACAAUGUGAUGAAACCUAUUAAUCGCACCAAAAAGAAAAAGUCGUCACGACUUGGCCAAGGGUCUAAAGCAGAAAUCUUUGCUGCUAAAAUUGCAUCUGCUGUCGAUGAAGUCCACUCGUCUGAUUCUGAUGAAACAUUUGUCUAUGAAUCGAAUCCCCCAGAUCGAAGUGAUAGUCAACGACAGCAUCAUCAACCUCUUUCCAGCUCUCAACAAUCGGCUGUACCGAGUCGACCACGAUUUCAAUCUCGAAACCCAUCAACUUCAUCACUCCCUUUUACCGGCAGCCAGCAACAGCUGCAAUUACAACAGCUACAACAGCAAAUUCAGGCUCAACAGCAGCAAAUCCAUCAAAACUACCGCGAGCAAACACAACACCAGCUCCUACAACAGCAAUACCAAGAACAACAGCAGCAACAACAGCAUUCACAAACCCUACAACAACAACUCCCUCAACAAACCCAGCAAUCUCAACAACAGACACAACCAACUCAACAGACACAGCAACUAACGGGUCAAACUCAACCUGGAACAUCUCAACCGACCACGACAGGAGCACCAUCGCUGCAACAAACAGCUCUCGGACUUGCAAUCUCAUCAGUUCCCGGGUCCAGUUCUACUCAAGGCUCGUCGGUUGAACCUAGUGGCAAUGUGGCACAAAUGAACCGAUGGGUGGUAUCGAAACACAAGCGAACAAGCGGUGAUACCCCCAUGUCGUCAUCCAGCAGCAUCACAAACGUUCCUGUUCUAGAGUCUAAUUCAGGUGGCGCUACCGGUACGACCGGCGGUUCGACCAGUGGAGGUACUACUGCUGGCGGCAGCGGCAGUGUUGGAGCUGGAACAUUUCUCAUUGCCAGAGACCGAGACACGCGGUCAAACGGGUCUAGUAAACGAAGUCGAGGUGCUGGUGGGUCUUCACGAGCCGAAUCUCCACGCCCCGAGGAUUUUGAAUCACCCAAAUUCUAUACUCACAGUGGACCCAGCCACUCGCCGUUACCACGAAAACUCACAGCCAACCGUCAUUACGACUCGACUGCCAGUUAUAAAGCCAAAGACGCGACAUUACGACGAUGGCGAGGUGGUGGAAGUUACAUGGCGGAAGAAGACGACGACUACGACGACCAGCCUGAACAAGACGAUAUGGACGACGAUAUUGAGUAUCUCAAUGUGUCAGAAACAACGCCAUUACGAUCGUCUGGUCACAGUAUUCGUCGGUCACGAAAAGCAGGCAGUCUCGUCGCAUACUCUCCACAUAACUAUCAACACGGUAAAUCGUGGUCUCAAUUCUACUAUUUCCGAAUCAUGUUCUGGGCUGCCGUAUUCGGUGUCUGUGUUCUAGCCACUGGAUUCAUUCUGGGAUUCCUCCUUGCUACCAGCAAACCCUUACAAGAAACCAGAGUAUCACAAAUCUUUGACGUUCUUGUCAGCGACGAAGUACUGGCAUUCGAAGUGGUCAUUGAAGCAUACAACCCAGGAUAUCUCGGAAUCGAGGUACAAAACGUGAACCUCGACCUCUUUGCCAAAUCGAAACACGUCACCGAUCUCCAGCGUGAGACCACCACCUCGACAAAACCUGACGACGACGAGUCGCACACCAUGCUUCUCGGCAACGUGCAGAAAUUCGACGUGCCCCUGAUAUUUGAAGGAGGCAUCUUCUCCAAACGGCUGCAAAAAGCAGUUGGCGACGUCAAACUCGUCAACCCGGGCCGCAACACCACCGGCGACGAUCUCGUCAAAGAAUCACUGGCCGUUCUGCCCCCAUCCCCGUCCAUGUGGCAACUCCUCCAACAGGCACUUAAAGAACAAAACGGCGAGCUCGACGAGGGCCAGAAAAAGUGGUCGCGAGUCAACGUGCACUCGUUCGACCUCAUUCUCCGUGGCUCUCUCAAAUACAAGCUGCUGUUCGGCCGCGAGCGGUCUGUGUCCAUUGCCAAGGUAAGUCCUCCCCCAUCUGUGCCUCCGGCGGCUGGGGCUCCGCCCCAGACCCCGCUGCUCCUCUCGCUGCGCUCGAGUCGUCACGUCCACGGUCCCUGUCUCCUGCGAAGCAGGAGCAACCAGGGUCUGGGGCGGAGCCCCAGCCGCCGGAGGCAGUCCCCCUCCCGCCAGAACUAA